AUGACCAUAAGGGAAGUUAAAUUAAAGAUAAAUGUGGACGAAAUAUUAAGAGCGUGCCGAUUUGAUAACAGUACUGACAGUAUAAAUCCAUUCAUUGCCAAUAGUGAUAGAUUAGGUUUUCUAAUUACACUAAAGAACGUAUUUAGUAAGAACAUAGAAAUAGAAGACGUCCAGCCGGAUGGUAAAGAAGACGAUCAGUACAGCAGAGCAGAAAAGAAGCACAUUCUAGAUGCAGUUAAAAAUAACAUAUAUAGGUACUUUAUAUACGAGAAUUACAAAGCAGAGAUUAUGAACAAUUUAUACAUAGCAAUAAAGGCCAGAAACAAUGAAUCCAUUCGAAAUAAGUGCAUUCGCAUGCUUAAUGAGCUCAUCAAGCCAAACCCAUCUAUAUACAAUCCAAAGCAUGGAAUUUGCAGAAAGAUCGACGCAAAUGAGCCGCUAGAGACUAUACCUCUAGACAACGAGACCUCUAGUGUAGGAAGUAGAACAUGUGCACUGGAGAUUGACGACACCAAGUUUUCGAGCUUAGAAAGCUUACUUCAGUCUACUUCAGAAAGCUUGGACAGAGAAUUUUUCUUUUAUAUUUAUAACUCAAAUGAGUCUGCAAAUAUGAUUGCUUUAAAAAGCUACUCAACCAUAAAAGAAUACUACACUCUUGACGAGUUGUAUACAAAAACCUGCAAAGGCAGUGAUGUGCUGUUGAUAGACUACGGAUUAAACCUUGUUCGCGAGAGGUAUCUUGAAAUCGAUGGCCUAAUCAAGACAAUCAAGGAGAUAGAAGGCAUUUCUAAAGAUUCGCAGAAAAUAUCUGAAAAAAUUAACGAGGUGUUUAGCUCUGAGGAGCUGAAAGUAGUUAUUUCUAUUAAUGAUAAUCUAACGAGAAUCGCUCGUGAAAAAGAUUUAGAAAACUGCAUACUCAAAGCAAUAGAGUACAUGGCGAAUGGUACUAGCCUCUUGAAAGGGAUAAUCGGGAAAAAGACUCUGGCGAUAGACGCAGAUCUAAGAAACUUUAGCGGAGACUACAUAACUGGCAGAAGUGGCUUAAAAAGAAUACUGAGCGAAAAGAAAAGAGCUGAGCUAAACAGAAAAAUAGUAGUGAAAGAAGAGGAGAAAGAAGAGAUAGAAAAAUCAGGGCAGUCUGGCAGUGCUAUAGCAAAUGAAAUACACUCGUUGAAGUACAGACUGCAAAAUUCAAACAUGCAACUUGAUAACAUAUAUGUGCUCUUAGACAGCUUAAACUACUUUUCUGGAACAAGUUUGGCUCAAAAAAACUACUUGUUCAAAAAGAUAGAAGUUCUUUGCAAGGAGCAUGGCGUAGAAAUAGUAGAGCCAUGGAGGCUCUUCUCGAUAAGAUUCACCCAGAAAAACGUAGUUAAAAUGCUUGUACUAGCUGUUAUUUUUGUAGCAGCAUCUGGACUAUUUGCUAUUUUUGCAAAGGAAAGAAUGAGGCUUUCUAAUGUUAAACAGCUAUUCAGCUAUGAAUAA